CAUUGUGGCGACGGGCGGUAACCUGAUUGUUGUCUGGAUCGUGAUGACGACCAAGCGGAUGCGGACGGUAACCAACUAUUUCAUAGGUGAGUGUUGUGGCUGGUGUUUUGUGUGCAAACGUUGCGUAUACGCAAUAAAAGUCACUCAUACGUCGUGUUGGCCGUGUAAGUUUAGUUGGUAAGGUAAAUAUUUGUUGGGUUAUAAACUGUUUAGAGCUUUGUUAACAUGCGAUAAUAUAACGUAUUAAAGACGACCGAUUUGUGCUAGAAAGUCUUGUUAGUUUCCAAAUUUUCCUGCAGUUAGGAAGUAACUUUUCCGACUAAGUUUGUCCAGUCAGGUCGACGAGCUCCUGUCAAGAGUUUGCUUAAGCUUUGGCCCGGGGUACGAAAGGGUGGAUUACCUAUUUAUGGGGCACUUGAAGAGCAGAUGAAUUGGUUGCACCGCCCUCCGUCGCCUGCAUUCCACAUCCGCCCUGUUGCACCUCGCAGAUUUAUGCCAUCGUUGGCAAAUUUUGAUGAAGUGAAAGAGCAGCCCGGAGACAGGACGGUAUUAAUAUUAAUUUCCUCAGCUUUGGCCAUCAAAUCAAGUUAUGCAGUUUGUCGGCUGAGUUCCUCAGCUCGGCUUUCAUUAAUUGAAUGUGCUUUUAGUCACGUUUUGGAGUGCAUUAAAUUUGCAUGCUGCAGCUCAUGCAACUCGUGCACACUAAUCACACCUUUAAUAAUCCAAAUGUGCUUUCAACGAGAGUUUGCCAAAGUUUGGCCAAACUUUCGCUGCCUAAUGACAUUACCGGCAUUUUGCUGGCUUGGACGACAACCUCUUGGAUGCCUGAUUGCCAGCUUUGUGCAUGCGCAAUUAUUUUAAUAAAAUAACCAAGCAACUUGAGACGGCGAGGCUGGAAUUGAUUCCGUUUACCCAGAGCUUACCGCUAAUCCAGCUCUUCCGUUCGACGAUCUCCUUCAGAUACAGAUACGGAUACAGAUACUCGUAUGUAUCUGUGCAACAAUGGCACGAACACAAUGCCGUUCUGUAGCCUCCUCCUUGCUGAAAUUCCAUUGUCUGACUGGGUAAUGAAUAUUAUUGUUAUUAUUAUUACGUAAACUAAACGCCCGUUGAGCUCGCCGGCUUUACGAAUUUGCAUUUAUAAAUACACAUUGGCAAUCAUUAUUAGUAACAAGUUCUGACGUUUUAAUCAUUUUCGGGCCCACGAAAAUUUCAAAUUCCCAUCACAGACAUCUGGAACGAACAGAGCUUGGGGUUUUUGUGGGGGGGCAUGGGUUUGGUGGAAGUCAGUCACCGGAUGAUAAUCUUCUUUGGCUUCAUUAUCAAUGCGUAUUUGCAUCUUUUGUUUGAGUUCGUCGGUUAGAGCAGCGUUUGUACUCGGGGUACACUCACUUUUCUAUUAAGUAGGAUAAAUUCAUGUUUUAAAAAGGGAAUUUGUUUCAAAAGUUUACUGUUAAAUGUGUUUUUUAACAAAGUAACUUGUUCACUCAUUCGGUUCAGCUAAGAGUAAUACAUGUGGGAUAAGAUGUUUUAGUUUCAAUGCCUAAACAAAUACUUUGUACUGUCUUAAGCUCUGUAGGGUAAAUCAUUUAAUUCGGUUCAGAUUAUCAAUGAUUGCCCUGCCAUCGCCGGCAAAAGAAAGACUGAGCGCUUAAAAGUAGCAUUUGGUUAUUAAUUAAAAUGGGCCCGAAUCGAUAUUUGGCUACGUGGCUGACAGGAGCAGGCCCCGAGGAUAAUGGAGGCCAGAUAGCCAGGACACAGCCACAUAGUCAAUGGCCCCAGGAGCCAGGUCGAUUGUUAGAAUGCGACACGUCGCCUCGUGUCGUCUUGUAGGCGUCGCAGGAUUCGCAGGACUCGCAGGACUUCGGUGGAACUGAAGGACCUGAAGGAGGCUAGGAGAACAUGAGGACACGGGCUAAUGUUCGGCAAAAGGACAUUUGUUUUAUUGAAGGUGCUGUUUCGGUUUCGUGAUGCUUUUUAUGCGCCGGCACUUCGUCGCCUUAUCUCCAGUAGAUAAUGAAAAGUAAACAAAGGCAGACUUUUCUUUUCCAUUUUCCUUUUUUAUUCUGCUCGGCCCCAUGUUUUGUUGUCUAUGGCAUGUAAAUCGCUCCAUGCAAAUGAAACACGAUAAAAGUGUAUCCUUCGGAGGUGUACAUGUACUCGUAUAUAUGUACCAUUAAUUUCCUGUUGAUUUCGGUAGAAAUAUGCGGGUGAAAGUGCACUUUAUUCCGGUCCAAUUAUAAAUGUACAGCAUGAAUAAAAGUGAAUCUCUCCAUCGCAGACGCCAUGGUGUCCAGUCUGAACGUCACCUUCAACUACUACUACAUGCUGGACAGCGACUGGCCCUUCGGCGAGUUCUACUGCAAGUUGUCCCAGUUCAUCGCGAUGCUGAGCAUCUGUGCCUCGGUGUUCACAUUGAUGGCCAUCUCCAUCGACAGAUACGUGGCCAUCAUCCGGCCACUGCAGCCGCGGAUGAGCAAGCGGUGCAACCUGGCCAUCGCGGCGGUCAUCUGGCUGGCCUCCACGCUCAUCUCCUGCCCCAUGAUGAUCAUCUAUCGCACGGAGGAGGUGCCCGUCCACGGGCUCAGCAACCGCACGGUCUGCUAUCCGGAGUGGCCCGACGGUCCCACGAAUCACUCCACGCUGGAGUCCCUCUACAACAUCCUCAUCAUCAUCCUAACCUACUUCCUGCCCAUCGUCUCCAUGACGGUCACCUACUCGCGCGUGGGCAUCGAGCUCUGGGGAUCCAAGACCAUCGGCGAGUGCACGCCCCGCCAGGUGGAGAAUGUGCGGAGUAAGCGACGGGUGGUGAAGAUGAUGAUAGUGGUCGUCCUGAUAUUCGCCAUCUGCUGGCUGCCGUUCCACAGCUACUUCAUCAUCACAUCCUGCUACCCGGCCAUCACGGAGGCGCCCUUCAUCCAGGAACUCUACCUGGCCAUCUACUGGCUGGCCAUGAGCAACUCCAUGUACAAUCCCAUUAUAUACUGCUGGAUGAAUUCGCGCUUUCGCUACGGUUUCAAGAUGGUUUUCCGCUGGUGCUUGUUUGUGCGCGUGGGCACGGAACCCUUCAGUCGGCGGGAGAACCUGACAUCCCGGUACUCCUGCUCCGGCUCCCCGGAUCACAAUCGCAUCAAGCGCAAUGAUACCCAGAAAUCGAUACUUUAUACCUGUCCCAGCUCACCCAAGUCGCAUCGAAUUUCGCACGGCGGAACAGCCCGCAGUGCGACGCUGAGGAACAGCAUGCCGGCGGAGUCGCUGUCCUCCGGCGGAGCUGGAGGACACAGGAAGCGGUUGUCCUACCAGCAGGAAAUGCAGCAGCGGUGGUCAGGACCCAGCAGUGCCACCUCGGUGACCAAUUCCAGCAGUACGGCCAACACCACCCAGCUGCUCUCCUGACAGCCGGUCAUCCAGGUGGUGCCGCCGGAGAGGGAGUGCCUGGAGAUGCAGACCCAGAUCGUCUGCUCCUCGCCGUACAACAACAACUAUCGGCGGGCCAAUCCUGGCAUCUCCGACCGCGACUCGUCCGACGACAAAACCUGGCUCUAAGCUACUUUAAGGUCUCGAAUUUACACUUUUACAAAGGUCCUUCGAUUGGAUGCCUACCGUGUUUCGCCCUAGUCUAAAUUUCAAUUCGUUCUUAGAGAAACCAAAGCUAAGUUAGGAUACCACCCUUGCCCUCGACCGCCCCUCGAACAUAUCAGAUAUAGCUGGGCUGCAAAUCCGCCCACUAAUUGUAUAUCUGUAACUCGAUACCUUGUCGGAAUCCGGUGGGAAUCCAGGUUGUUGCGGGGACAGGAUAAGACUAGAAGUUAGAGCGCUAUAUAAGAUUUCCCAUUCGUGGGCCUCGUUAGGCGGCUACUGAUCCCCUUGAAUCACUGUACAUAUUCGGAUUGGUUCCUAAAAAUCGUUUUUAACUAUUACUUCUCAACGCUUACGGCUGCUUGCUUAAGUUGCAACCAAAUAAGAAACCACAAAAAACGAAUAAAGAAUAACGAAUAAACAAAUGACUAUGAAUGUGAGUGUACGUGUACGUGUAAAUAUAAAUGUCUGAAUAUAAACGUUAUUGCGAAUAAAGCGACUUGCUCCAUCA